AUGGUUAAAAUACUUAUAGGCUGUACUGGGAGUGUCGCUACAAUUAAAUUACCUUUGUUAGUGAAACAUUUAGUAGAUGAAGAUGUAGCUGAUGACAAAAACAUAAAAGUUUGCGUAACAAAUCCCGCUAAGCAUUUUUUGAACAAGGAAGAUGUUGAUAAAUUGAAUGUCUACACAGAUUCCGAUGAGUGGCAAGCUUGGUCGAAAAGGGGAGAUCCGGUUUUACACAUUGAACUCUCAAAAUGGGCUGAUGUUUUGUUAAUUGCCCCGUUGGAUGCCAACACUUUGGCAAAAAUUAGUAACGGAAUCUGUGAUAAUCUUCUUACUUGCGUUGUUCGAGCUUGGGACGUGUCAAAGCCUUUAAUUUUUUGUCCAGCGAUGAAUACGAAAAUGUUUCAACAUCCUCUAACAUCUCAACAAAUUAAUAAUCUUAAAUCGUUUGGAUACCAUGAAAUUCCUGUCAUUACAAAGGAGCUUAUGUGUGGAGACAAGGGUCCCGGUGCUAUGGCUGAAGUAGGUACAAUCGUAGAAUUUGUUAAAAAAAUUGUUGAAAAUAAAUUAUAG